AUGCUUGUACUACUACUAGCUGUAUUUGCCGCCUUCGGCUCCGCGCGUACAGAUUGUCUGUGCGGUAAGCCUCCUAUUCCUCCAAGAGAAAACGAAAAUAUUGUUGGAGGCAGCACUGCACGACCGUAUUCUUGGCCGUGGCAAAUAGAGCUAUGCACAAAAAGCAUAUUAGACAAAAAAUGCAAUUUACGCUGCGGUGGCUCACUCAUCGACAGCCAAUGGGUAAUGAGUGCUGGGCAUUGUGUGAAAACCUAUGAAGACACCCCUAAAUUUUUUGGGAUCAAGCUUGGGACAUAUGACUAUCGUGACGACAACGAGACUGGUGAGAUUCUCCGAGAUGUCAUCGAAAUCCACGUUCAUCCGAAUUUCGGACAACCACACCCAUUCUCACACGACAUUUGCCUGUUGAAGCUUUCACAGCCGGUGAAUUUCACAAAGCACAUACAACCCAUCUGUAUCCCGAGGUCUCUCAAAGAUAUCUCGCCUAAGACCAAAGGCUUUGUCACUGGAUGGGGAACAACAACAGAAGGAGGUAAGGUAUCCAACAAGCUACGCCAGGUCGAGGUUCCAUUUCUCAGCGAAAAGGAAUGCGAGAAGGAGUACGAGGGAGAAAUCGAUGAGACAAUGACUUGUGCUGGCAAAAAAGGCGUCGAUAGUUGUCAGGGAGACUCUGGUGGUCCACUUGUUACAAAACACAAGGACACAAAUAGAUGGUACCAGGCUGGUAUAGUCAGUUGGGGACAAGGCUGUGCAGAAAAGGGACAUGCAGGUGUCUAUGCGCGACCAUCAGCCAAUUGUGAAUUCAUCGAGAAAUUCACAGGAAAGAAAAUAUGUACAGAUUGA